CGAGAGAUAUACUGUAUGGGAGUUGUCACGUGAGCGAAAAAAGUCUGCAGAUGUCGGCCAAAUAUGUAGAUUUAGCAACUAUGAAGUCGGCGACGCAACAUAUAACGGACAGCUUCAACGGAUAGCUAGCUUUAAUACGGAGGCUUGUAGACUUAGUUCGGUGGUUCGUGUGGCCGAGACGUUCUUCGUCUAUGCUCGUGCAUGGCUAUCGCUCGGAACUUUUUAUUCACAACGGGUUGCAUGGGCAGCGAGGGAUAUACUGUAUGGGAGUUAUCAC